GCCAAGGCAGAACGAGAUAGAGGCGAAGAGCAGAGUGAGGGGGAGCUGGUGCGAGGCAGUGAGCACGAGCGAAGGAAUGCGCGAGUAGAUAGGUGGGGAGAGGAGCACCAAGUGCAGAUGGGAGGGGAUGAGGAACAAUGUACGAAGCGCCAGCGGGCGACGGAGGGAAAAGAGCUGGGCUCGGCUCAGGCCCGGUGGGCCAGGGUCAUACCAGCUCGAGGCAGCGGACGGCCGGCAAGUGACCACCGGCGGGGCGACUGGCGGGCCGGCGAUUGGCCUGGGCGGUUGGCCUGGGCGAUAUCAGCGCUGGGCUGGGUCAUGUUGCCGGACGGCGACCUCGGCGAGGACGACGGCCGGGGAGAGGCCGGCAUGAAGCGGACAUGGACGGGCAAGCGAUACUUGCUGCCGAAUGCAGUUGCCGACCCAGUUGCCGACCCAGUUGCCGACCCAGUUGGCGAUGUCGCUCGGCAGUGCAGUCCGGAGAGUUACUUGGCAGUACCGCCAGCAGUGCUGCCAGCAGUAUCAUCAGCAGCGCUCGGCGCCGAUGCCGAGACCAUCGGGGCAUGGCCGAGGACCAAAAGCCCGCGUGAUUUUGUUUGGAGGGUUGGAUUGGGCGAGGGCCACUGGUCCCCGCCGUCGUCUGGCGGGGUCCUGCAAGAACAGGGUCAGGCCGUAUGCUGGGCGGAGGAGGAGGAAGAGGGCGAGGAUGUCGGGAAGGAGGGAAGGGAUGGGAGUGCGAACCCGUCGAGGACAGCGACAUCGACAUCGACAUCGACAUUGACAUCGAUCGCAGCCUUGGAGAGGAAUUCAUGGCCAGCCCGCACGGCGCUCUCUGCCAAGUGCAUGGCAAGUGCAUGGCAAGUCGGACGACGGUCUGCCAGGUCUGCAUUGCUCCAUACGGCGAUCUGCGCUAUCGACACCGAAUCCGCACCGGUGCUCGCAGCCAGGCCCAUGUCGCAGCCAGGCCCAUGUCGCAGCCACGGGCACAUUCAGCCAGCGGUGAUAUCCGACCUGCAGGCACAGGCAUGGCGACACAGGCUCGCUCGCAGGGGCUGGUCCGCGAACAUGUCCGAAGGCAGGGACAAGCAGCCGCCGCAACGACGGUCGGCGCACAUACACCAAGGACAGGUGGAUCACAGACAGGCUGAUGAGCAGCAAGGCGGCGAGCAGGUGAGAAGCUCCCGCCUUGCAAACCAUAUCACCCUGCUUGUGGACAUGUGCCAUCCCGAGUGCUCUGUGCUCGGCAGCGUCCCUGUUGCCAUUCAAGACCUGUCGGUCAGCAAUAUGGAGGGGACUCGGCGGAACGGCGGAAGCACGGCCAUGCCGCCGGUGGCUGAUCAGCAGCAGGGCCGCUCAACAAGCUGA